UAGUAAUAAGGUAACAUUUAAUUGAUAUCGAUGUCAAAAUGAAGAUAUCAAACUAUUGGAUUGUGGCAUUAACCUGUGUUUUAGAUUUUAUAUUGUGCACUAAAGAUUUACCAGAUAAUUUAUCUAAAGAAUUAUAUUGUGCUGGAUGUGAGUUUACAGUUAAAGCUCUAGAUAAGUUAUUAAAAGGAUCAUCUAAUGAAGCCUAUGAUAUCCGAGUGUUAGAAACUUUAACUACUAUUUGUGAUAAAGAAACCUUUAUUGAAUCAGAUUAUUCCCCGGUUUCUAUGCAACUGGCCUGUAAUACUUUAUUAGAAAAGAAUGAAGCCAUUCUGGAACCUUAUUUAGUAAGUCAUUACAGUAGAAUAGAGAGAAAUAGUUAUAGUGAAUUAUUACAACAGAUAUGUCAUAGUAUAUCAGCUGCUUGUACCAAUGUCAGUAGAAAAAAGAUGGAAAAAUUAAAGAUUUUCCAUGUUUCUGAAGAUGGUAAUAUUAAUAUUAAUGAAGAUGAAUGGAAAACCCCUAAACCAAUGAAAGAAAGUCGAAAUGAGUUAUAAAAUCUGUAACAUUAUAUGUAUAUUAUGUUUAACAAAUUGGGAGUGUGAUAUAUAAUGUUAUCACAAGUAUUUACCAUUAAUUUCAGUGAAAUUUUGAUAUAAGGCUGGUUAAACGUGAUAUAUAAUAGAUAGAUACCAAGUAUCAGAAUAUUAGAAUAGUAGUCAAAACCUCAGGCAUUUAACUUUAUUCCUAUAGCAAUAAUUAUACAGGUAUGAGUAUUUUUCACUUCUGUAUCAAGAAUCUAAUUUCAUGUAAGAACAUAUCUUGGGAUGUCUUACACAAAAAAUCUCUGUGCAGGAUUGAUGAAGGUGCAAAAUACUGUCAAGGAGAAUCUCAUUGUGUGAUAUACAAUAUAUUUUGUUUUGAAACAAUUGUUAUUUUGUGGGUGAUAUAAGGUAUUUAUUUUACUAUUAUUAACAGUGGUUGAGUGGAAUAUAUUUCCUUUUUUUAUUUGUUAUUUUACUGUGUAACAUUUUAUAUAAACUCAUAUGCAAAU